GCAUGCAGCGGCCCGGCAGCCUGGUCCCGGCCACCGCUGCCCACCGCUCACCGGGUCCGCCGCGAUGCUGGCCGGCCUCACGCUCGCUCUGGGUCUGGCGCUGGCCCUGGCGGCCGAGCCGCCGAGCUGCGCCCCGCUCGUGCCGGCCGUGCUGGACAACGCGACCCUCACCGGGAUCCUGGGAAAGUGGGUCUACCUCAUCGGCUCCUCCAAGUACCCGCCCCACCUCGAGGAGCUCCGCGCGUUGAAGCACGCCAUCUUCUUCUUUCACCCCGGCAGCCACGAGGAUGAGCUCAACACCACGGAGAUCAUGAGAAUGAACGAGACGUGCGUCACGAGGAAGAGCGGCAAGAUCCACGUCUUCCGGGACAACGGCACGCUGAUGCACGUCGACGGCCAGGUGACCUCCACGGCCGAGCUCAUCCGAAGCGACAAGGACCUGCUGAUCCUGAGGCACCUCAACGCCAACUUCCCGGGCCUGAGCCUCUCGGCGCGCUCCCCCAACGUGAGCAAGGAGCACCUGGAGGAGUUCAGAGCGCAGCUGGCGUGCCACAAGUUCACGGACGACGAAAUCUUCCUGUCUUCCGAAAAGGAUGCGUGUCCCGUGCCCGGAGAGGAGCCGGAUGAAGACGGUGAGGCAGCACCAGCGCCGCAGCCAGUCUAGCCCUGGCCCCAUGCAUCGGCCUCCUCCUCCUCCUCCUCCCGCCGAGGCCACCCCGGCACCAGGAGCCGCCAGCCCAGCGCGGCGCAGCACCUCGCACGCUCUCAGGACUUGCCAUCAAGCGCGUUGGGGGUUUUGUUUUUCCUCUCUCAAGGCACACAGAACGCCCCUGGCUGACGAAAUCCACUGUUUUUCUGCUCUUGUUCCAAAAUAAACCUGUGUGUGACGAGCA